AUGGCGUCUGAUUUUGAUUUAAAUGUUUCAGUUCAAAAUUAUGAGAGCGAUAUCUUGUUUGAUUUAAACGAAAUUCCAUCAGAAGAAGAAGAAGAAAGCGUUACCAAUGGCUACGAAGAUAUACCAAUUAGUCCAGGACAUGAUGUUGUUCAAAGUCAACCAAAUUUACCAAAAACCAGGAAAUUUUUGUCAAAUGAAGAAAGGUACGAGGUCUUCGGUGCUUUACUUGAGAAGAGCAUUGCGGGAAAGUUGGAAAAAAAUGUAACAAAAGAAGUUUCUCAUCAGUUCUCGGUGUCUAUUGCAACCGUACAAAGAAUUUGGAGACAAGCAAAAGCAACAGCUAAUACAGGAAAAGUUAAUGUAUCUCAUCGGAGAACGGAGAAUUGUGGUCGCAAAAGAAUCACGAUCGAGCCAACUCAAGUUACUGCUGUUCCAUUAUGCAAACGGACAACUUUGAGAUCAAUGUCUAUGGCUAUGGGCGUGAGUCUUACAACACUAUUUAGACGAAAGAAAGAAGAGCUUAUUCGACGUCAUACCAACAGCAUCAAGCCUUAUUUGAAGGAAGCCAAUAUAACAAGUAGGUUACAAUUUUGCUUCUCUAUGUUGGAUAAAAAUAGUCUACCUCAUGAACCCAAGUUUGUUGAUAUGUACAACAUAAUUCAUAUCGAUGAGAAAUGGUUCUAUAUGACGAAGAAGACCGAGAAGUAUUAUCUACUUCCAAUUGAAGAAGAGCCACAACGUUCGUGUCAAAGUAAAAAUUACAUUGGAAAGGUGAUGUUUCUAGCGGCAAUGGCUCGUCCAAGAUUUGAUGAAGAAGGAAAUGAGGUAUUUGAUGGGAAAAUUGGAAUUUUCCCGUUUGUUACUCUGCGGCCAGCUCAGAGAAAGAGUAAGAACAGAGAUGCUGGGACGUUAGAACUAAAAGCGUCAACUUCGGUCAAGAGAGAGGAUAUAAAAGCAUUCUUGAUUGAAAAGGUUCUUCCGAAUAUUCAAGAAAAGUGGCCAAAGGAAGAUAGAGGAAAGACUAUCUUUAUUCAACAAGAUAACGCAAGAACACAUGUUGAGUGUGGAGAUAAAGAUUUCCAAGAAGCAGCAUCAAAAACUAGUUUUGACAUUCAUUUGAUGUGUCAACCGGCUAACUCACCGGAUCUAAAUAUUUUAGAUCUUGGAUUCUUCAGUGCUAUUCAAUCCUUACAACAUAAAGAAUGUCCAAAAACCAUAGAAGACCUUGUUCGUGCAGUAGAAGAAUCUUUCAAGAAAUACUCGGCAGAGCAGUUUGAAGUUUGUCUCUGA